AGCUCUUGGAAGUGAGCAGCACGUCCCUUGAUCAGCUCAACUUCCCGUCUGUCUUUAAAACGGCAGGAUACACCUUGUGCUCCCCCGCCUCUCUACCUAGUCUGGGGGGGAGGUUGAGGAAUGUGUUGUGAUUGUUAUUUCUUAUCCCUACACGUGAAGUUCAAAUUAUUAGAGGAAGGAAAAGCUGUCAAAUUUGUUUUGUUUCUUUGGCGCAAUUGAGGAAUUUUGGUCUUUUCAUUUGAAAGGAGAGUUCUUGUUUUGGAUUAAAGAGAAUUUCAGGGUUAUUGUGCUAGUGGUGUUAAGGAAUGAUACCUAUCUAUUUUAAGUGUUCAGUGGACAAGACUAUAUGUGUUCUUCAUAAUGAAACUAUAACAUAAGGCUUUGCAAUAUAGUGUACUACUUGAGGGUGUAGUGGAUUGCUCCUAAAUUGAUUGCUCUACAAGACCCUAGAGGUCAACCCUCCAAUGGUGCGACUAUAGCGAGAAACGAUGACGAAUUACACCGGACAGCUGCAGGAGGGUUUGAGUUACUUCCCUGUCCGGAGAAUCAAUGAAAGCACCUUGCUCAUCCCUGAAAACAUUGUCUGGUUGCCUUAUGCCGGACUUGUGGUGACUGUGCUCUGUUGGCUGGGUUACGACUUCUACAGGUUCCACAGAAAGAUGAAAAUGAAGCAGGCUAGAGUGGAGGAACACAGGUCAAUGCUCAGGUUGUGUCCUGGAAAACAACGGAUCAGCAUGAUUUCAGGAAUAGGACUUCGCUUCAGAAAAGGUAAACCAAUCAUUGGUGACGUCUGGAACACAUCUCCAUCCUCGUCUGAUAUCUCCAGUUGUUACUCUCCCAAAAGACAUGGGCGUGUGUACAGUCGUGAGGUGACGCCCUCUGAUGAUGGAGUCUGUGGCUACUCGGAGGGUGAGACGUUCCCACUAAGGAGAGCCACUUCUUACAUUGAUGUAGACACUACUACCCACGAGGAGAAAACGGACCGUAAAGGCUGGGAGAUUGGAGGAGAACCUGUUGAAGGUAGAGGUGGACAUAAAUCUGCCAACAGCGACUCAUCCUCCAUAGAAUGUCUCAAGCAGAGUUCAGGAAACAGUGGGACCCCAAGCCCAGCAACCCAAGAAGCCCCCAAAAAGCCCUUGGGCAAUCACAACCCCUCCCCUUCAGCCGUGUUGACCACGUCCAUGGCAGACAACAUAGCAACUGACCGUUUGUUCAGGACUUUUAGGGCAGGUGGUGGAGUGGACGAUGGUGGGGGUGGCUCAGGUAAAUCUGAUACAUCUGGCAGCCAGGAUGCAGUAACUCAGACCGACUUUGAAGAUGUCUAUUUCAACAUGACCACAGGAGAGCGAAUAAAUUAUCCUUACAGCACCAGCAGUAACUAUAAUACGUAUCCACCACCCAACAGCAUCAUCUCUUGGGCGCCCAGCAGCGCCCAGCCAAGGCGAAGGGAGAGCGUGGAUUUUGGGAAGAACAUAGCUACUCCCUUGCCAUUUUUAGGACUCAUCCCCAACUCGAAUCAACCCAUGGUUGUCGAUAUGCGGCCUCGGUUGUCCAGGGACGAGUCUGUUGGAGGGGCCAUGAAGCCAUCUGGUAAGAGGCGCCCUUCUUUGCGCAUAGACCUCUUGGCUGCGCCACACUCCCCAACCACGGAGCUGGUGGCUCAAGAUCACGGGUUCGCCCUGGAAGGUCUGGAUGUUCCACAUUACGCCGGUGGGUCAAGGUCACUCCCCUCCAGCGGAAGCGAUAUUUUCAAGCCGAAAGAUUCCAGAAAGAGCAGCCACGCUUCCAUCAAGCCUCUGUCUCCGUCGCCGGCUAUAUUGUCACGCAUAAACGUCAUGCAGGACACGCCUCCUUUGAGGCAGCACCACAACCAUCACCAUCACCACCACCAUCGGACGAGGCGGCCAGAGACUCUAGACGUCAUGUUCAGCAAUGCGUCUUCGAAAGCACACCCAUCAAAAAAGCACUCCCACGGGGGUCACCAUUUAAAACCUUCCAGGGCUACUUCCUUGUCGCCCGGCAUAUCAGCAGACAACGAAAGGCAUUCAGCGAUGACUCUCAAAGUGCCGGAGAGGGUACCCGAACCUAGAACCGCCCCGAUUCCAAAACACUUUUACCACCAGGACGAGGAAGGCUUCUUCUCGUCGUCCCACUCUUCCAAUUACAAUUCUGGAAGGACGUUCUCCAACGAAGCAGACGGAUCGCGAAGAGGUAUUCUCUUCUUCAGCAGGCUAGCAGGAGCAGGCAGGGUCAGCAGCAAUGCCGCUUUCGAUUCAAGUGUAGGUAGCAGUUCGGGAGCAGCUUACGGGCUGGGCAAACCGGCUCCCUACAAGAGUGGGGGGUUUGAGUCCUGAUGAAACGUGACAAAUAGAUUUAAUUGUUAAAUUUGUAUUUAUCUUUGGAAUUGUUUAUUGCUGAAUUCAAAAAAUGGAUUUUACUUGUAAUUUUUAUGGACCGAUCUGGGAUACAGAAUAAGAACAUUGGAAUACUCUUGAAUUAUACAAUUACACUAUUUGAUUACUGUUGUUCAGUUUCCAAAGAUGGGUGAACGUUUCUUUCUUUCUGUAAAUUUUUGUUACAAUUAUAAAAUAGAUUUAUUAUUAAUCUGACUAUUUUUACACUUAAAGCGACGUCUUUCUUAUUCAAUUAUUUAUUACAUUCUAAUUGAUAUUUAAAAACAAAUAUUUGAUCGUUCUAUUUUUAGAUCAUUAAAAAGUAGUGUUUUUUUUUUUUGGUUCAUUUUCUUUUUAAUGUUGAUUAGAUUAUAUACUUUUCUGGCAAUAAUUGCCCUUUUGCUGAUUAGUGCACUGGAGGAUAAAGACCAGAAAAGGACAAUAAUGAAUAUCUCUUGUGUACAAAAUAUCUGCCAUAUUUCUUCUUCCUAUAUGUACCUAAUAAUUCAUUACUGAAUAUAACAUUCUUGUCUUGUAUUUGUAAUUAUGUAUUUAUUUAUUUCAAUUUAACGGUUGUGAAAUAAUUGUAUUUCUUCGUUAACAUACCAACUAACUGGACAUUGGUGGUGUCGACUCUUUUUAGUGGCGGCGAUUCAAUAGUU